UCUCUCUUUCUUGCCGGCUUCUCGUUCUUCCGAAUUUCUCUCUCUCUCUCUCUCUCUCUCUCUUCUCUGUCUCUCGCACAUCUGUGCUUCAUCUGUGGACUCUCCAAUGGACGACCCAAGUGAGUAUCUCCAUCUGUUCGUCGAGGACGCCGCCUUCUACAACCGCAUUCUGCUCGGGUCCCUCUUGCCGGACCGCUUGUGGGUCUCACUCCCUCACUUCUUCCAGACAUGGCUCCGCAACUUCAUUGGAGGAACCCUCCUAUACCUCAUUUCUGGUUUCUUGUGGUGCUUCUACAUUUAUUACUGGAAGCGCAAUGUUUAUCUCCCUAAAGACGCGAUUCCCUCUCGUAAAGCCAUGCUCCUGCAAAUAUAUGUUGCAUUGAAGGCAAUGCCUUGGUACAGUUUGCUUCCAACUAUUUCCGAGUACAUAACAGAAAAUGGGUGGACUAAGUGUUUUCCAAGAGCAAGUCAUGUCAGUUGGCUUGCUUACCUUGUAUAUAUAGCAAUUUAUCUAGUUAUAGUGGAGUUUGGCAUUUAUUGGAUGCACAGGGAGUUGCACGACAUAAAACCUCUUUAUAAAUACCUUCACGCUACUCACCACAUCUACAACAAACAGAACACGUUGUCCCCAUUUGCCGGUUUGGCCUUUCACCCUCUUGAUGGCAUUCUUCAGGCAGUACCGCAUUCCAUUGCUCUGUUUAUUGUCCCCACACAUUUCACCGUACAUUUAGCGCUGAUGUUCAUUGAAGGCAUCUGGACUGCAAAUAUUCAUGAUUGCAUUCAUGCCAACUUGUGGCCUGUCAUGGGGGCUGGCUACCACACCAUUCACCACACCACAUACCGGCAUAACUACGGUCAUUUCACGAUAUGGAUGGAUUGGAUGUUUGGGACGCUUCGCGACCCUUUGCAAGAUGAAGGUAAAACCAUGUGAUGGCUUUGCAAUAACGGUUCGUGCUUGACUGAAGUAAGCAUACUUUUCUUCAUUGGUUAUUUUACCUAGAUUGUUGAGAAGUGGUUCUUCUUCAUGUAAAGGAUAAAAAAGUUCAUGUUAUUUGUCUAGUAGUGGACAUAUGGUGGGAAGACAGGGUUUGGAGGUGUAAUAUCGUCUUCAAUAUAUUGUUUAAGCUCUAGCAUUCUUUGGGCUGAUGUUACUCCGUUCCUUUCAAAAAUCUUGGUGGUGAAGUUUAUGAUGCUUAGACGUCUAUCCUUAAAACGUGAUGAUUGAAGUUCAAUGGAACCGAUUAUUUGUUAGUGCU